CUUUCCCUUUUCUCCUCCCUCCAUUUUCAGUGCCCAGAGGAACAAUCUUUUUGCUCUUCCCAGCUUCCAAGUCCAAAGAUGCACGCCAAAACAGAUUCCGAGGUGACGAGCAUCGCGGCGUCGUCACCCGCCAGAUCUCCACGUCGACCAGUCUACUACGUCCAGUCCCCAUCUCGUGACUCUCAUGACGGAGAGAAAACAGCGACCUCCUUCCACUCAACCCCGGUACUAAGUCCGAUGGGAUCUCCGCCUCAUUCUCAAUCCUCCAUGGGCCGCCACUCACGAGAGUCCUCCUCGACCCGAUUCUCCGGAUCCUUAAAACCCGGGUCUCGGAAAGUCAACGACGGCUCGAAGCGGAAAGGACACGGCGGAGAGAAGCAGUGGAAGGAGUGUGCCAUGAUUGAAGAAGAAGGGUUGUUAGAUGAUGGCGAGAGAGAUCGUGGUGUCCCUCGUCGGUGCUAUGUCUUGGCCUUCAUCGUUGGCUUCUUCAUACUCUUUGGUCUCUUCUCUUUGAUUCUCUAUGGAGCUGCUAAACCUCAGAAACCCAAAAUCACCGUCAAGAGUAUAACAUUCGAGACGCUCAAGAUCCAAGCCGGUCAAGAUGCUGGUGGUGUAGGAACGGACAUGAUCACCAUGAACGCAACUCUGAGGAUGUUGUAUCGAAACACUGGAACUUUCUUUGGUGUCCAUGUCACUUCAACUCCCGUCGAUCUCAGUUUCUCCCAGAUGAAAAUCGGCUCUGGUUCUAUUAAGAAGUUUUAUCAGUCAAGGAAGAGCGAGAGAACGGUAUUGGUACAUGUUAUCGGAGAGAAGAUUCCGUUAUAUGGAAGUGGCGCGACAUUGAUACCGCCAGCGCCUCCAGCUCCACUUCCAAAACCUAAAAAGAAGAAGAAGGGAGCUCCAGUUGUUAUUCCUGACCCGCCCGCUCCUCCUGCACCCGUGCCAAUGAAGCUCAGUUUCGUUGUUCGAUCACGAGCUUACGUGUUGGGGAGGUUAGUGAAGCCCAAGUUCCUCAAGAAAAUCGAGUGUGACAUCAACUUCGAACACAAGAAUCUCAAUAAGCAUAUACCUAUCACCAAGAACUGCACCGUCACCACUGUCUGAAGAACGUAAAAAGAAAAAAAAAAUUAGUGAGUCUAAACGCGUCGUAUAGGUAACGUGACUACAGCUAUGCGGGCAGUUUGUUGGGUUGUCUGGGCAGCGCGUGGAUGGUGCCUGAACGAGAGAACCGUAUUGUCGGUGGCUUUAAUUUACUUGAGUGCUUGGUUUUGGUUUUUAUUUUAUUUUAUUUUAUUUAUCUGUGAAGAAUUUAUAUAGUUUUAUAAUCGUGUGGACCAUCGCACUGAACACUAAAAUGCACGUUUCAUUUCUUUGUUUUCUUUAUCCUUUUUCUCGAGAAUAUGUUAAUUCAUUUGUUUUGAUGCGAUGAUGACCAGGGCCGGGUAUUUUAUUUGUUAAAUUGAUUAGUUAUUUUUCUCGAUUCGAAAAUUCUGGAUAUUUGUAAACUUUCAAAUAAAAUUUUUUUGGAUAUCCAUAAAUUUUCAAAUCAAAAAUAACUAAAACUCAAUAUCAAUCAAAUCAUAAAUAACAAAUUUUU